AUGCUUUCAUACAAGACUCUUUUGAUAACAAUUCUUGGUAGCCUGGUAUAUGCAAUUCCGUUUAACGCACCAGACGAGCCCUUCUUCUCGCCAUCUCAAGUGUGGCUAUACGGUGCAUCCAGCGGCCGAACUGCCCCUACCUCCACCGGUAUGGUAUCCAAGGCCUCCACAUCUGGAGGCCGAGCCACCGUCACUACUCUCCUCACAUUCAUGUACCCACCAGAAGUUGAUGGAUUGAAGUGUCGAUUCGGGUUUGACCUGGAUCUGAACUCCACUGUUAAAGGUAGCGCCAAGCUUGACCUCUUCUACAGCAUCAGGCCGCUAACAUCGAACUACACUGUCUACUGGAGCCGCGGUAAUCAGCGGGGCGUCCAGCUCGGCCGUCUCUCUGUUUCUCCUGGCGCUUCUGCGACAUGGGAUGCGACGUAUAAUGAGUACCUGACGGAGAAGACCGAUUGCAAAGCCCCUGGGACAGUUGAAGGGUUUGAGCUAGUCGGGGUUUAUGAUAAUGAUUUCGUUACGUGGGAUCCUUCCAAAUCAGGCCUGAGAAUUAUUUAUACGUCUUGA